AUGGCAAAGCAAAUAAUUUCUUCUUCAAACUUCUUAUUUUUCUCUCUGGCUUUACUAAUCAUCACACUCUUCCCCAUACCAAAUUUCACUUCUGCUUCUUUGGAGGAAACCAAUGCUCUACUUAAAUGGAAAGCAAGCCUUCAAAUCCCAAAAAACUCCUUGCUCUCUUCAUGGAUUCCUAUCCCUUUGAAUUCCAGUGCAUUUGCCCCAUGCACUUCUUGGUUUGGAGUAGUUUGCAAUGCUGAUGGGAGCAUUCAGAAGUUGAACCUCACAUCAUCUGCAUUAAAGGGUACGCUUCAUCAAUUUUCAUUCUCUUUGCUACACAAUCUUACACAUUUUGAUCUCAGACUAAACAACUUCUUUGGCCCUAUCCCACCAGAAAUCCAACUUUUGUCCAAACUUGUAUAUCUUGAUUUUUCGUUGAAUAAGUUUUCUGGAGUAAUCCCACCUGAAAUAGGAAUCCUGCACCAGCUAACUAUCUUGUACUUAUACUCAAACAAUAUCUCUGGUCCUAUUCCUAUUGAACUUGGGAAUUUGAAGUCUCUCACUGAUCUUGAGGUGAACAUAAAUCAGCUUAGUGGUUCGAUUCCUUCAUCAUUGGGUAAUUUGACAUCUUUGAAUGUACUUUAUUUGUACCAAAAUCAACUAUCUGGUUCCAUUCCUGUUAAACUUGGGAAUUUGAAGUCUCUCACUGAUCUUGAGCUGAGCACCAAUCAGCUUAGUGGUUUGAUUCCUUCAUCAUUGGGCAAUUUGACAUCUUUGAAUGUCCUUUAUUUGUUCCAAAAUCAACUAUCUGGUCCUCUUCCUAAUGAACUAGGGAAUUUGAAGUCUCUCACUCAUCUUGCGGUGUACAACAAUCAACUUAGUGGUUCUAUUCCUUCAUCAUUUGGUAAUUUAACAUCUUUGAAUUUCCUUUAUUUGUUCCAAAAUCAACUCUCUGGCCCCAUUCCUGUUGAACUUGGCAAUUUGAAGUCUCUCACUGAUCUUGAGGUGAACAUCAAUCAACUUAGUGGUGCUAUUCCUUCAUCAUUAGGUAAUUUAACAUCUUUGAAUUUCCUUUAUUUGUUCCAAAAUAAACUAUCUGGUCCCAUUCCUAAUGAACUAGGGAAUUUGAAGUCUCUCACUCAUCUUGCGGUGUACAAAAAUCAGCUUAGUGGUUCUAUUCCUUCAUCAUUGGGUGAUUUAACAUCUUUGAAUGACCUUAUUUUGUACCAAAAUCUACUCUGCGGUCCCAUUCCUGUUGAACUUGGGAAUUUGAAGUCUCUCACUAAUAUUGAGGUGAGCGAAAAUCAGCUUAGUGGUUCUAUUCCUUCGUCAUUGGGUAAUUUGACAUCUUUGAAUAUCCUUUAUUUGAACGAAAAUCAACUAUCUGGUCCUAUUCCUGUUGAACUUGGGAAAUUGAAGUCUCUCGUUCAUCUUGCGGUGUACAACAAUCAGCUUAGUGGUUUUAUUCCUUCAUCAUUGGGUAAUUUGACAUCUUUGAAUGUACUUUAUUUGUACCAAAAUCAACUCUCUGGUCCCAUUCCUAUUGAGCUUGGGAAUUUGAAGUCCCUCACUGAUCUUGAGGUAAACAUCAAUCAACUUAGUGGUUUUAUUCCUUCAUCAUUGGGUAAUUUGAGAUCUUUGAAUAUCCUUUAUUUGCACGAAAAUCAACUCUCUGGUACCAUUCCUCUUGAAAUUGGGAAAUUGAAGUCUCUCACUCAUCUUGCGAUGUACAAAAAUCAGCUUAGUGGUUCUAUUCCUUCAUCAGUGGGUGAUUUGACAUUUUUGAAUUUCCUUUUUUUUUACGAAAAUCAAUUCUCUGGUCUCAUUCCUGUUGAGCUUGGGAAUUUGAAGUCUCUCAAUAAGCUUGAUAUGAGCCACAAUCAACUUAGUGGCUCUAUUCCUUCAUCACUAGUAAACCUCAGCAACGUAAACUGGCUGACCCUCAGUUGUAAUAAAUUAUCUGGUCCCAUUCCUAGUGAACUUGGGAAGAUGAAGUCUCUCACUCAUCUUUCAGUGAGCAGAAAUCAGCUUAGUGGUUUUAUUCCUUCAUCAUUUGGUGAUUUGACAUCUUUAAAUGGGCUUUAUAUGUACCAGAAUGAGCUUGCUGGUGCCAUUCCUAGUGAACUUGGGAAGUUGAAGUAUCUCACUGAUUUUCAAGUGAACAACAAUCAAAUUAAUGGUUCUAUUCCUCCAGAGUUCGGAAAUUUAACUCAACUACAAAGACUUAAUCUGUCUUCGAAUCAUUUGGUUGGUGAGAUCCCAAAGGAGUUUGGGAAGAUGAAAAGUAUGUUGGAUUUGUACUUGACUGGCAACCAACUUUCGGGUGUUAUACCUCUAGAGCUUGGAUUUUGUGAACUCCUUGAAGUACUCGAUCUAUCCAAAAAUAGAUUUAAUGGGUCAGUCCCAAGAAGUAUUGGUCAAUGGACACACAUCCACUACUUGAAUCUUAGUAAUAACAAGCUCAGUGAGACAAUUCCAUCCGAGAUUGGUAAAUUAGUUCAUCUUACGGAACUUGAUUUAUCUCAUAAUUUUCUCACGAAAGAGAUACCAUCUGAAGUUCAAAGUUUGCAGAGUUUGCAAAAAUUGGAUCUUUCUCACAACAGACUAUCUGGUUCCAUUCCUGAUGCUUUUACAAGUUUGCCCAACGGGAUUGAUAUUAACCUUUCUUUCAAUAAGCUCUCAGGUCCGGUCCCCCCUUGCGCCAACUUUGUGAAUACGUCCAUAGAAAGCAAUACAGAUUUGUGUGGGAAUAUUACGGGGGUGAAACUUUGUCCAAUUCAAAUUAUGAAAAAGAAAAAUGAUCCCUUUCAUCAUAAACUUAUCCUUGUAAUUAUGCUCCCUCUUAUCGGGGCUAUUUUACUUGGUGUAUUCACGUAUGGCCUAAUUGCUUAUCAACAACAUAAGAAAAAGUCUCCACAAAAACCAUCGGACGAAGAAAGUGGUGAUUAUUUCUCCAUUACAAGUUUUGAUGGAAAAGUAGUGUAUGUUGAUAUCUUGAAGGCAACAAAUGAUUUCGAUGAUGCAUACUUCAUUGGGACCGGAGGAUAUGGGACUGUGUACAAAGCCGAGCUACAACCUGACAUUGUGGUAGCGGUCAAGAAACUUCACCAAUCAUCUGAGAAUGCUGAUCAUAAUGGAUUCCUUAAUGAGGGAAGCCUUGGAUCAAUCUUGUGCAAUGAGAUCUUAGCAAAAGAAUUGGAUUGGUUGAAAAGGGUAAAUAUUGUAAAGGGUGUAGCUAAUGGUUUGGCUUAUAUGCAUCACGACUGCUCACCUCCUAUAAUUCAUAGAGACAUAUCCAUAGCCAAUAUCCUUCUUGACUGUGAUUAUGAAGCACAUAUUUCUGAUUUUGGCACAUCCAAGCUUUUAAAGCUCGAUUCAUCCAACUGGACCGCAAUUAUAGGCACAUAUGGUUAUAUCGCGCCUGAACUUGCUUAUACGAUGGUGGCAAAUGAGAAAUGUGAUGCGUAUAGCUUUGGAGUUGUUGCACUAGAAGUGAUAAUUGGAAAGCAUCCUGGAGAACUGAUAACAUCUUUACCAACAUUGUCUGCUGAGUAUCUGGUGGCAGCAAAUGUGGCAGAUAGUCGGAUACCGCCUCCCUCGUCCCAAGUUGAGAAACAAGUUAAGUUGGUUUUGAGUCUCGCAAGAGCAUGUUUGAACUCCAAUCCGCUUGAAAGACCAACAAUGCAGCAAGUUUCAAAUAUGUUAAUGAAGGAUCUGCUUUGAAUUGACAUGUCUUGCUUGAUAUAGUCUACUUUCAGAGUUGCAGUGUUCUUUACUUUUCUUACGUUCCCUAUAUGCAUCCUGUCGAUAUGUAUUCAUCUGAAUGGCUCUUUGUUAAGAAACUUAACAUAUGUUUGUAGUAGUAAAAAAAAUAAGUCAAUGAAGAUCGCUAUAUUGUAAAAAACUUGCUACUGGAAACCAAGGACACCGCCAUGCAUACACACAUCCCCCAA